AUGGCCGCAAGCUCGUCGGUCUCUCUGAACACCACGUUGGAUCCUUUACCUUCAGUCUUGCGGCAUGGGCUGGUAGCUGUGGCAUUCUUUGGACUUCUUUCACUCAUCUCCAGUGUCGCUCUCUUCACCUUCCUGACGUAUCGACUCUGUGUAUGGUAUCACCGAGGGCAACUCAAGGAUGGCGCCAAUCAGUUCCUGCUCCUCAUCUACAACUUGGUGCUGGCAGACAUCCAGCAAGCCAUGGCUUUCGCGCUGACGUCGGUAUACCUUUCCCAAGAUAAGAUCCAAGUAGGAACCACGACAUGCUGGGCCAACGGGUGGUUCGUCUCGACCGGUGACCUUGCUUCGGGAGUCUUCAUCCUCGCCAUCGCCUUGCACACAUACUAUGCCGUGGUGAAGGGCAGGCGGGUGGGAAACAAGCUCUUCUAUGGCGGUAUUAUUUGCCUGUGGAUAUUUGUCUAUCUAAUGGCUAUCGUUGGUGUUGGUAUAAAUCCCAGAAUAUACGUCCGAGCGGGAGCAUGGUGCUGGAUUGACAAAAGAUACGAUAAAGAACGACUGUGGCUCCACUACUUCUGGAUCUUCAUGUGCAUGUUUGGGACAGUUGUCACGUAUAUCCUCAUUUUUGCUUUUAUCACAGCCAAGUCACGGAGCCGCUCGAAUCCGAACUUUCCCAACGAUGAUGGCACCGACCCUGCCGCCACAAAGCGUGCUGCGAAAUACAUGAUCAUCUAUCCUGUGGUGUAUGUCGUUUGCACAUUACCACUCGCAGGGGGCCGAAUGGCCGCAAUGACAGGGAUUUCGGUACCAUAUUGGUGGUUCUGCUUAGCCGGGGCGGCCAUCAGCUCCUGCGGAUGGUUAGACGUUGUACUGUACGCGGUGACCCGACACGUCUUGAUAUUUGGCCGGGCUCCUCCACCUCCUCAAGACCUGGGUCUCGACACCUUUGGUUGGAAGGACGUCGGCGACAGUUUCUGGGGAAUGAGGACUACCAUUAGUGGCCCUCUAGGAGACCCGAACGCUCGAAGGCGUGACAAACGCGACUUCCUGGGGCGAAGUACGUCACGUCCGCUUCGCUCGCGGCAGUCGGAUGAAUACCACUUUGCCAGCCAGCCGGAGGGAAUCAUCACGGCAAAGACCACGAUCGAGGUUCGAUCAGGCCCCAUCAUUCAUUAUGCCGACUCAGAUAUGAGUGCGAUUGAGAUGGAAGACAAAUCAGAGCGAACGCAUUCGCAUUCUCACAAUGAGUAA